GGAAAAGCGAAAUGGUGGAAGCCGCGUGACAUGAAAACACUUGCGACUGUGGGAACAGGGCCACUGCGGUCUGUCGACUCGUGCCGUGCGGCUGCCCCAGGACUUUGAAUCUGAAAGUUCGCAGAAAUGGAGUGGCCUGACCUAAUAAUUCCAGGUUUAGUUAGCCUCGUACUGUAUUUUCUCUGGUAUUUCCAACUCGGCAAGAAGCGCAUUCCACCUGGUUCCCGGCUACCCCCUUCUCCGCCAGCCAAACCGCUGAUCGGUCACGUCGAGUACAACCGGCCACACUUCUGCGCGACUACGGCAAUCGAAUGGGCUCGAAUCUACGGUUCUACCUACAGGAUCAGAACGGGAUUGACCGAGAUGGUCAUCGUGAAUGACUUUGAUGCCAUAGAAAAACUGUUUACCAGGGAUGAGCUCCUGUACCGCUCAAAGAACUGGCGCCUUUAUGGACUCUCUGUCGGAUAUCCAAUGUCACUGGAGGGAGACGAGUGGGUCGAAAACCGCAGGUUCUGCAUCCAGGCGCUCAGAGAUAUUGGCUUCGCGAAGCCCACCAUACAGAACGACAUUCUGGACGAGUGUCAUCGCCUCAUUGAGCGCAUAUCGGAAUCGGACGGCCGUCCGAUCGCCAUCGAAGAGCUGAUGCUGCCCAGCGUUUCCAACACCGCCGUCGCGCCCGUCUUUGGAGAGAGUUACCCCUUCGACCACCCGAAGCGCAAGUGGCUAGACGACACGCUGCGGAACCUCGCUGUGGCCGUCAACACGACCCGCCGAAUGACGCCUUUGGGCUUCAUCAAGGGCCCGUUCCUGAACACGCUCGCGUUCCCCGGAAGACAGAACAUCGAGAAGCACUUUCGCGCUUUGGGCGACUUUACAAGAAAUGAGAUCAAUGCUCGGAAACAUUCCAUUAAUAAAUCACCGUCCAAGACGCUUAUCGACGCGUACCUGACGAAGAUGGAAGAACGAAAGAGUGAUCCGGAAUCUAAGUUCAGCGUGGAGAACCUGAUGAGCACCGCCAUCGGCUUCUUCCAGGCCGGAUCGGCGGGUGUCCCAACGUACAUGAACUGGCACAUGAUCAAUUUCGCUCUGCGAGCCGACACGCUGCAGGCGCAGGUGCAGGCCGAGAUCGAUCACGUGGUGGGCUCGCUCAGGCGCCCCACGUGGGAAGAUAGGCACAACAUGCCGCUCACCAUGGCCGUCGUGUGGGAGAUGCUCCGUUGGAAGGCCAUCACGCCGCUCAGCGCACCUAGGAGAGCCGCGGUGGAUUUCACCUGCGAUGGUUUCUUCUAUCCUGCCGGAAUCACGGUGAUGGCAAAUUUCUGGGCCGUUCACAACGAUCCCUGCGUGUGGCCUAAUCCGGAGAAAUUUGACCCGAGUCGCUUCAUGAACGACGACGGUUCAGCGACUUGCGAGCGGCCUAAGCGCCUUCUCUCAUUUUCGUUGGGAAAGCGCAAGUGUCCAGCGGAGACGCAAGCCAUCAUGGUGAUAUUCCUUUACAUCGCUUCCAUACUUCAACGCUUCCGAGUACUUCCCGAAGAAGGAGUCACUAUCGACCUUGGCGAUGCAAACGAUCGCCUUCCCACCAAGAAUAAGUACCGGCUCCGAUUCAUUCCCAGGAGAAAUUAACGCAUUGAGACAGAAGAAAAAAAAAAUAAGCCAGGUGUAUCCAUCUGGUGCUCCUGAAUGGUUGCGCAGCACCGUUCCACGUUGCCGGCAAACUUCACGUGCCCUUAUAUGCAGUCGCGUGCAUGUACUGAUAUUAAACAAGCUUGU